UUUCCCUAAAUCCCUUUUUUUACUCGCCUUUUCAGGUACCUGAACCAAUCGAGAAUCUAGUCAGAGAAAUUCAUUCAGUAGAGAGACAAAAAUGAGCUUUCUUGCUGGGAGAUUAGCAGGAAAAGAAGGAUCUUACUUUCUCCAAGAAUCCAAACACGCCGUUAAUCGUCUCGCCGAGAAAAUUAACGCCAAACCCACCAACCCAAGUAAGCUGCCAUCACCAGCUCCUCCUUCGCCGGAGAUCGAUUCCCAAGCCGACGUGCUUCCGGAGGUCCUACGACACGCUCUGCCCUCCAAGAUUUUCUCCCAGCCGUCCGAUCCUUCCUCCUUCUCCAGAACCUCCAAAUGGGCGUUACACUCGGACCCUAAAGCCAUCCGCACCGUUUCCCUUGAUAAAUUGAACCCUCUCAGGGCCUUCCUCUCUUUCCCCCAGGUCACGUUCGGCCCCAAAAGGUGGGAAUUGCCAAAAGAGGAGCGCUCGAUGUUGGCAUCGACUGCCAAUGAAUUGCGGAAGGACAAGUAUGAAGCUCCAAUCAAUCCUGAGAAGUUGAAGGCUGCAGCGGAAGGCCUUGCAAACGUUGCCAAGGCGUUUGCAUUUGCUACUGUAGUUGUGUUUGGUGGGGCAUCCUUGUUGUUUGGUCUGGCAGUCUCAAAGCUAGAAAUGCACAAUAGUGACGAUAUCCGAACAAAAGGCAGAGACCUGGUUCAGCCAAAGCUUGAGAUAAUUAAGGAGCAAGUCUUUCCCUUAAAAAUUUGGGCAGAAGAAAUGUCCAAGAAAUGGCAUCUGGAAAGGGAAGGGGAUAUCAAAGAGAGGCCUAUGAUUAAGGGGCUUUCUAAAAUUUUGGGUCCAAGAACCUCCAGUUGACAUUGCUGUUUCAAUAUCUUCUGCUCUUUGGAAUCCAUUUAUAUAUUUGCUGUGGUUAUUGCUGUAAAUAUGAAAGUUGAAAUGGGUUUGUUCCCCUGUUCAUUGAAGAGAAAUAAAUGUAUGCCCAGUGUCGUAUAAGCAGCAGUCUUGUAAAGGGCACAGCCUAUAUAGUAAGCUAGUUUAUGAGCAGACAAUCCAGUCUCCUCUGUCAUUCAUGAA